UUUAUUAGCUCACACAGUUCUGUUACUGCAGUUUGAUAGUGCUGGAUUUGGUAGAAAAACCUGGUUUCCUUUAUUUGGCAGAUACUUGGCUUGCAGAUUCAAGAAGAUGACCAUUGUUUUUCUCACAUGGAAUUGUGUGCUAAUUGUAAUUUUUCAAACUUCUCUGUGGACUUCUGCUUGUUCUGCAGCUGGAUGGAGAAGUAGCCUUGUUCAUGCAUUGCCAUGGGUGACUGCUGUGGUUGUGUACGUUCCUAGCUGCUAAAGCCACCAGGAUUUAGUGAUGGAGGCUUUGCUGGAAGGAAUGCAAAGAAAUGGGCAGGGGAGUGGUGGGUUCUUGACUUCCUGUGAGGCUGAGCUGCAGGAGCUCAUGAAGCAGAUUGACAUUAUGGUGGCUCACAAGAAAUCUGAAUGGGAAGGACAGACACAGGCUUUGGAAGCUUGCCUGAGUGUUCGGGAGCAGGAGCUUUCCUCUGCCAGGGCGGCUCUGCAGGAAAAAUAUAAGGAGGUUGACAUGUUGCGUCACCAGGUAGAAGACAUGGAAAAGGCCAAACAGGACAUGGCUAGAGAAUAUGAGCAACAGCUGAAGAAAUUUCAGGAGGAGUUGUCCAGGCUGAGGAGGAGCUAUGAGAAGCUGCAGAAGAAACAACUAAGAGAAGCUAGAGGAGAAGCUAGCAAGAGACAAGGGGAGGACCACUUUGAAAUGAGCCGACUGACCAGGAAGCUGGAGGAGUUUCGUCAAAAAUCACUUGACUGGGAGAAGCAGCGCUUGCUUUACCAGCAGCAGGUGGCAUCGCUGGAAGCACAGAGGAAGGCUUUGGCUGAGCAGUCUGAGCUCAUUCAGACUCAGCUUGCCAAUCGGAAGCAGAUUCUGGAGUCAGUGGAGCUGGCCAGCCGAUCGGAAAUCCAGCAUUUAACCAGCAAGCUGGAGAGGGCCAAUGAUGCUAUCUGUGCCAAUGAGUUGGAGGUGGAGAGGCUGAACAUGAGGGUGGAUGACCUGACCAAAAACAAUCGGAUGAUUCUGGAAGACCAGCAAAGAGUUCAAGAAGAGUUAAGGCAAUCCAAGAAAAUGUUGGAGGUUCUGCAGGAUGAGAAGAUGGAACUUAGAGCCACCUUGCAGUCUCAAGAAGAUUUCAUUGACAGCUCCAAGCUGCACCAGGAACAGUUACAGAAUGAGCUGGCCAGGGUGACGGAAACUCUUUGCACAAAAGAACUCCUCAUCAGGGCCUUGGAGGAACGUUUGCAAGAGAAACAAUUGUCUUCUCCAGGACUAGAGCUGGAGCAUAUACUACUGCAGCUGGAUAUUGCCCAGGAGAAGGAACAGCACUUGCAGUCAGAGGUGACUCAUCUCGAGAACAGCCUGGUGUCUUCAAAUGCAAGGUGUGUACAGUUGAGCGAAGAGCUGGAUGAGAAUAUCAAAGAGCUGCAGUCAAUGGAAGAACACCAUACUGAGUCAAAGGCAGAGAUUAAAAAGCUGAAAGAGCAGCUCUCUCAAGCUGAGCAGACUCACAGCAGUGAGCUAGAAGGGAUGAAAAGGGAAAUCUCCAGGUUGACACAAGAGUUACACCAGCGAGACAUCACAAUUGCAUCUGCAAGCGGCUCCACAUCAGACCUAGAACAACGUCUGAGAACAGAAAUUGAAAGAGCAGAGAGGAAAGCAGUGGAACACAGGGUAAUUCUGGUCCAGCUGGAAACCUUGAGGCUAGAAAACCGUCAUCUCUCAGAGAUGCUGAAAAAAGCGGAGUGCGGUAUACCAGAAGCAAAAGAUGUCACCCUCAGAGCACUCACUGAAGACUAUGCUGCUGAAAUAAAGAAGUUAAAAUCUGAGAACCAGCAGUUGCGGAAGGAUCUCGCAGAGGCCAGAGCAAAACCGGAGCUCCCUCAGCAGGUCUGCCAGGAUGAACCUGAGGGCACCGCUCAGCAGAUGCAAGGGGGAGAGUCUGAGGCCAGGGAUGUGCAGUACAAGACAACUCGGGAAGCACAGCACAAACACGAUGAACAAGCAGAGAGAACACAUCGCGAGCCUGAUGGAUCUGUUCAGCAUCAUCAAGGGGAGCCCCAGAGAUGGGGGACUGAUGAAAUAAGAACUGUGACCCCUGAGACGGGUGAACUUCCCACCCAGAGCAGCAGGAAGAACUCCAUGGACUCACUUUCUUUGGGCACCUUGCCAGGAAUGGUUUCUUUGUUCCAUGUGCUGGAUGGAAACAAAGAUUUUGCAGAUGAAGCAUCUCAGCAGUCCAUCUCAAAUCAUCAGAGAGAAUCUGUGCCCCUGUACCCCCUGCCUACAGCUUCAGUUGGGUCGAUAGCUGCAAGAUACCUGGAAGAAGAAGAACUGAGAUCCCAGCACAUCCUGGAGUGCCUAAAUGCUCACGUUGAGGAACUGAAAAAGGAGAGUGAAAAGAUAGUGAGGCAAUUUGGACACCAGGAAUAGUGCUUCUUACUCAAGUUGAAUGCUGGUAUACUUAUGUGGUUCCAAACUGUGAUUGCGGAGGUGCCAUUGGAGCUUGAGUGAGAGGCCACAUCUCCCACUUUGAGCUGAAUCAACAGGACGAAUGUUGAGGAAAGGAAUCUGCUCUCUAACAUGUUAGAUACUGAUGGACAAUACUGCCCCACAACGUGUUAGACAGCUUGCUGUAGGUCCGAAAGCUGCAUCAGUUAUGUGUUUGUGCACUCACAAAGAGUUAGUGCUGUUUUUUUAGAAGCAAACCAUUUGCUAAUUUUAAUGUAAAGUAUUUGAAGUAUAUUUUAUACAUGUAAAAGCAUUGAAAUAAAACAGAAUUAAAACCCCA